AUGUUUCGUGACGUUAAAUCAAUGUGUGAUAUUGGCGCCGUAGCCAUGGACGAGCGUUUAGUAUUCCUUGGAUUCCUGGGAUGUAGCUCAUUUAUCGCAUUAUACAAUAGGGAAACCAUGGCAUUUAUAGGACUAUAUAACUUCAUGUGCGGCAGUCCGACACGGAUGUUAGUAUUGAGCGAUCUCGAGAAACUAGUAUGCUCCACUUCAGCUGGGUAUCUAUAUGUCUGGGAUACUAGUGACAAGACAGUCGAGAGAUUAACACAGAUUACAAAUGACCCUUUAACAUUGGAUGGUUUCGUGCAUCCAAGUACACGGGUGGUUCCAGUAACAGAAGUGACAUCAACUACAUUAGAAAGUUGUGUGGAUGUUGACAGAGUACCGGGAACUUCGAUAGUAGUCAUGCUGGCUGCUGACGGAGAGUUAACUUUCUUUGAUAUCACCGGAGGAGCUAAACUGACUUCAAAGAAACCUAUUGAAACAGAAAAUUACCAGGCUCUAUGUUUGAUUAUUAAUGACAUAUCAAGCACUUUCCGAAAUCGCAACGGACACUGGGCAGCUAUAGGGUUUACUAAGGGGCUGAUUGCGCUCAUAUUCAUUCCUCUCAUAGAUAAUGGAUCAGGAACCAAAAAAGUCGAUAUUGACAAUGUUUUUGCUGUGAAACAAAAUACUGACGAUGGAUGUGAUGUCAAUUGUCUAGCUUUUAGGAAAAAAUCAUCAGCCAGCUCCAGUACUACUAUUAUCGCAGGAUGCUCCGAUGGUGCCGUGCGCUGUUUCGUAUUCAAAAAAAGUGAAGAUGAGAUACAGCUACACAAAUCGGCCUCGUAUGUACAUUGUCGUGCUGCUAAAAAGGGACAAGUGUUGAAAUUGAUAUCUGGGUGCCAUACUAAUGGUACGCCAUACGUUGUAUCAUUAUGCAGAAUGCAAAUGCCAUACGACUAUCACACGCAACCAUUAGCCGAUACGAAAGCUACACCAGCAGAUUCAUCAACAUAUUGUACGGAAAUUAUCAUGCAAACCUUAUUACAAGAUCAAUGUGAGGAAUAUGUCGUACUUGCUCAUAUUCGUGAUAUGGUGUCUGACCUUACAGCCGGUAUAGACAAUUCAAGCUAUAUAUAUACCACAUACGACGACCCGUUUGUUAUUAGAAGGUUAAGCGAGACGAACGAAUGGCAAAGGGCUAAGCGGAUAGAGUGGAAUACACCAACCAACCGAAAGCUAUUGUUGAAGCUUCUAUAA